GAGGCGAGACUGACGGAUUUGCACGAAUUCCUCCGCGCUCCUCAGAUUUCUUGUAGUCACACGGACCUCCUGCUCGCCUCCGCCCCGACAAAAUCAGACCAGUUCCUGUCCUCCUCGGGGCAUAUAUAAAACAACAAAAGACAAUGAUGUUGCGAGGUGCCGCUGUGCUCCUUCUGCUGGCCCUGGCUGUCUCUGACGCGGAGGAGGUGCAGAGCAAGAGCAAAGUGUGUGCCAAUGUGUUCUGUGGGGCCGGCAGAGAGUGCACCGUUACAGAGAAAGGGGAGCCCAGCUGUCUGUGCAUAGAGAGCUGUAAGCCCCACAAGAGGUCAGUGUGUGGCAGCAAUAGUAAGACCUACAGGAACCACUGCGAGCUCCACAGGGACGCUUGUCUCACCGGCUUGAAGAUUCAGGUCUCACACGAUGGACACUGCCACGAGAAGAAAACAGAACAGUCAGCUGCCAGCCCAGUGGUCUGCUAUUCUGCUGACCGUAAUGAGCUGAGGAGUCGUGUGAUCCAGUGGCUGCAGACUGAGGUGGUUCCAGACGGCUGGUUUGUCAAGGGAUCCAACUUCUCCGACAUCCUGCUCAAGUACUUUAAGUCGUACGACAAUGGGGAUUCUCAGCUGGACUCCUCCGAGCUGCUCAAAUUCAUCCAGCAAAAUGAUUCGGUUGUGGAGUUGCAGUCCUACGCAGACAAGGAGAGCAACAAGCUGCUCAAGAGCCUGUGUGUUGAUGCCCUCAUCGAACUCUCUGAUGAGAACGCCGACUGGAAGCUGAGCUUUGAUGAGUUCCUCAACUGCCUGAAGCCUGGAUUCAAUCCACCAGAGAAGAAAUGCGCCUUGGAGGACGAGACCUACGAGGACGGAGCAGAGACCCAGGUGGAGUGUAACCGCUGUGUUUGUGCUUGCGGCAACUGGGUCUGCACUGCUAUGACCUGCACUGACAAGACGGCAGCCGUGGAUGAGACAGCAGAGAUGACUGAGGCGGAGUGGGACCUCCGUGUGGCUGAGCUCAACAAGCACCAGGAAACCGUUGAGAAGAUGAAGAGCAGCACAAAGGAGGCCUAAACAAGGAGGCGAGGAAUGAGAGGUUGCACGUCAUCACCCUUCCUCCAUACUUGAUUUACUUUGCGUCCAUGUGUUGUUAUUUUGACCGAUUUUUUUUGUGUUGUUUCUUACUUUGGUAUGUUAAUUAUUAUACUUUUCUACAGUGUUUAAGUGUUUGUGUUUGUUAGAUUCAGGGGCUAUCAAAGAAUAUUACAGGAUUCCCUUAUAUUAAGUCCUGUCAUAUUUCAUUGCAUUACUGCGCCUCCACACCAGCCCUGGGGCUAUUUUUACUACAAUCUUUAUACUUUUUACAGUUAUUAUAAAACAGAAACUGUCAUGAUGUCACUGUGUUGGAAUGUGGAAGUCAUUGUUUGAAAAGGUAGCGAAGUGAGGAGCUAGGAGAGUCCACCUGUGGAUGCGAGGGAGCUGUCGGAGCACAGAGAGAGCUGACGACUCGACACCUGAUGCAGCGCGUAUCUCCGUAGACCCUCGUAUGUGCCUCGUAGUCACAGGAGCUUGGUUAAAGAGGCUGGGACGUGAGAGUAAAGCUACUAGUGAUUGUGAUGCCAUUUAGAACUGCCACUGUAGGCCAAUACUUGACCCAUGCACUUCUCUGUCUUUCUUUAUAUAGUUUCUAAGGCUUUAGUUUAGUACAAGCCUGUUUUUUGUAUCUUAGUAAUCAUUUUGCUACAAGAUUGUUUGCUUUUAUGUAAAGUAUGUUAUCGGCUUGUGUUGGAACUCAUCUCGUUCCCAUGUUAUACUCAGGCAAGUCUCUCUUGUGCUCAUCGGUUGAACCAGUGUCUUACAUUUCUGACACAGAGACGUAGCAUGGAGCAGCACAGUGGCAUCCAGGAGAGGCCUGAUCUCUGAAUAUAGCGUGUUAAAACCUGAAACCAAAGUAUUGAUAAAGUGUUUGAGUGACGAUCAAAACUAUCCAGGUAAAACAUUACUGUGGACCCAGCAACAACAUUAUACCUGUGCUUUCAAAAUCACUCCUAACAGAAGGACUAGCCUCGCUGUCAGCUGAAGUAGUGUAGACGCAUCAACGGGUGCAUAUAAGUUAUGUGUGCUUGUGUGUGUGUGUGUGUGUGUGUGUGGUAGUAAAGUGUGACGCUGAGAAGAAGUUGGUUUGUUGAAUGUGUGUAGUCGUUACAAUCCUGUAUCUUAUUUAGCGGGAUUGACAAUAAAAAUCGGUGCCUUAGACCUCCAAAGAUGAUCGGUCUCUACCUUCGCCUGCACAAAGGCUUGUACGCCUCGUAGCGUUGAAAGGGUGAGUGUCUUUGUUGAGUGUUUCUCUGAUAUUUGUCUGUAUGUAAGUUGCAUUAUAGGUUCAAUCUAAAUCUGUAUAUUCCACUAAAAGUGCAGUGACUGUAAGACAUAUGUAUGUACGCCAAUAAAGCCCACACAAAACAAAG